ACUAAGACCACUAAGACUACUAAGACCAGGCUCGUCAUCAGUCUGGAAUCAUCUGACACGAGGAACAAGGAAUUACCAAUUAUACCGACAAUACCAACAACAGCGGAAGAAAACAACUGCAACCACGUAGACUCCUAUCCCUCGUUUUACCAACCCUAUUCUAAUCCAAUUAAUAAAGUCGUUUGCUGAAUAGAUCGCCUUGCUUCUUUCCCUUCAAUGCCCUAAUAAGCUCAUCACAAGUCGUCAAGGUCGUCCCGGGCGAUACAACUCCGCCUUUGAACCCCGUCUACAGUCGCCCACCGCCAUAACCCUCGCCUAAAGUCAAAACCUCGACGAUCCUCAACUUCCCCUUUUCCCUCCUCUGCUCCAGUAUAUUUUUUACCUACGGCCCUUUGGCCAAAGAGAAAAAAGAAAAAGAAAAAAAAAAAUACCUGAACGUAUAUCUUACCGCCAGCCAAAUAAUGGAAGCCUUGAGAGGGUCGUCCCCGUCAAAGAAUGCAGCUGGUUCCGAGUCCCCGGAGCAGCUGCUCGACGCUUUCAAGGCCGCGGCAUUAUCUGUGACAAAGCUAUACAAGACAUCGGCAGCCGCCCAAGCGAAAUCCCGAGCCGAUGGAUACCAAGAUUGCCUGGACGACCUCCUAAUCUUCCUUGACAAAUCAAAUAUCGGUGUAGGAGACGGUGAGGGGUGGCAGAUUCGGAGAUGGGCUACCGAAAGGUUGGAAGGGAGGGACACGGUACAGGAGAGCGAGGACGAAGUCGAGAAGCCCGAACCUGUAUCGUCGCCAGAGGUCCAUCGAUCAGCUGCUCAGCCCGAUCCCCCAUCUACUAUAACACACCACCAACCCGCCGGCACUACAACAACAGAGGAACAUCAAAUGGUCACCGUCCCCACCCAGGAAAAUUUUACCUUCCGAGCAGCACAUCCAUAUCCGCAGGAACCAUACCCGAAUUUAGAAAACUUAGACCUUUCAGACUCGACCAGGACGACGGACAAUUCUAGCCCAGGACCUUCAGCCGUGCCCAUAGCACAUCCAACCCGAUCGCGCAAUAACAAACGAGUGGCAAGACCAAAGCCGACGAGUCACCUCGGGAAAGGGGCCGGUCAGAAAAGGUCUAUCAACUUUGCCGAGCUAUUCGAUGUCGGAGGCGUCGCAUUCGGGAAAGACAUGUUCGGGAGGGACGGGAAGCGAAGUCGGCAUACAUGAUCAGGAGCCGCACCAAGUCUUCGAAUAACAUCCACACCACACCGCACCUAUCAUCUUAACUUACGAUAGUCAUCUCAUCCUAGCAAAGGGAUAUACGGGACGGGAUCCUUGGUUUCCCUGUAAUCGCGACGCAUGUUGAUGAGUUCGACGGAGGUUUAGCAUUUGGGGGGAGGAAUCCACUGGACAUUUGCAUGGCAGCACCGGCAAAGCAUUUUUGAGGCGUUGAGAUAACUAUUUCGCAUGACGGUUUUUUUUUCCGCUUGCUUAACCCGAGGAGGGAGGGGUAGGAAGGUUGGAGGGAAAGGGAAAGGGGGGAGGCGUCUUCAGGGGAAAUCUUGCUACUUGCUUUUCCUAUAGACGAACAUUCAAUACCACCACCCGCUUAUUCACGUCACGCAUAGAGUUUCACAUUGUGGUGUUUCUGUGGUGAUGUGCCACCUACGAUUUACACGGGAUUUAGAUCUGGGAAGAGCGAUUAUUAUAUAUAUAUAUAUAUACGAGUACCGAUGGUGCCCUUGUCGGAACAGCGACUACUAAGACACUUUAUCGACGUAAUGAACAAGCAUUGGGAGUAUUGAUAUGGGAAUUGUUUAUAUCUCUAUCUCAACAUUGUCUAUAUCUAAACCUCGAAAUAUUAAACCAUAUAUAAGUUAGUGGAUGAUAUAUCGUACUAUCUAGAAA